CCGCUGAAUUUCCUGUCAGACGAUAAUGUUUGGCAAAGGUGGAAGGGACAGGUUUCACAGGGAUCUCAAGAGAACAGUCAUGGGGGGAACCAUCCCCCCAUCAAGUUACCUCUGGGUUGGAAAUCUUGGUCACAACAUAAACAAGAGUACUUUGACUAAUCACUUUUUACAGUUUGGUGAGCUUGAGAGCAUAGCUUUCCAACCUGGUUGUAGCUAUGCUUUCAUUAAUUUUAAAAAUGAAGGAGAGGCCUUUACUGCUGUAAGAGAACUUCAAGGAUUUGUUGUGGCAGGAAAUCCACUUAGAAUUGAGUUUACAAAGGUGGUUAGUGUGGUCCACCUUUGUCUGUCUUCCUUAAAAUACCAUCUUGCUGUUAUUUCUUGUAUAUGAAUACUUCCCAUCAGUUAUAUAAAAGCGAU